AUGGAUCAACUAAAGAUAAAACAGAUAUUAAAAGAAAUUGAUUUAGCUCGUUGUCAAGGUCAAUGGUCUGUAGUGAAGGAGUUAAUGACUAAGAAAUAUAUGAAAUACAAGCCUGAUGAUUUGGUAUUCAAUAUGACGAUUUGUACGGAAGUUGAACUCAUCCAACUACUGAAAUUAAAUAAGAAAAAGGGCGAUGACAUAUAUCAACAUGACACUCCUUACCGUAUUUCCUUAUCACCUAGUAUAGAUCCUAUCAACGUACAACCCCUUUUAGAUAGAUUCAUGCCUAUCAUCUCGAAUGAAUCAGCAGCAGUAAUGGACUGGUAUGUUCAGUUUUCUAAAAUUUUAUUGGCAAGGAUUUAUUUUGAAUCAGGGCAAUAUCAAAAUACUUUAGACAUUUUACAACAUUUGGCUUUACGUAUAGAGGAUGUUGAGUCAGGUUAUGGUCUGAUUUGGCUAGUUCAAGCAAGAACGAUGAAAGGAAUUUGUUUAGAGAUAAAUGAAGAUAUUGAAGCUGCUAUUGAAACAUAUGAAGCUGCCUGGAACAUGGUUGAAUCUAAGCUACCAUAUGAAAAAGGCAUCAUGUUAUCCUUUUGGCUUGAAGAAUGUCUUUAUCGUGCUUGUUUAUUAAAAUUGAGACUCAAUCAUCCUGCAAAAGAAAUACUCACAUUAAUGAGUGCUUAUCUACAACUUGCCUCUUCUUAUUGGAAUCCUCAUUGGCAUAUGUUUAAAAGAUGGGUUUUAUUCAAGAUUUAUGCAGAAUAUAUGAUCAAGAUUUAUCAAGAUGACACCUAUAUUGCAGUAAAAAAGAACUCGAACGGUCUAGCAACUGAAAUGAAUGCCUUUGAUGAACUAUCCACACUAAUGGAUUUAUUUAGACAGUUAUUUACUCUUAUAACGCCUUAUCUUUCUGUUGAAGAUCAAGCUCAGUAUGGUAUGUCGCUUUGUCAUAUCAUGAUGAACUCCCAUGAUGUAAUUGGAUGGGGUGAAAUCAAACAUAUACGAAAAAUACUUCAGUUUUUGCAUCAAGUCAAGAAGCUUACUUUUAAUCAUCCUACUAUAAAUCGCUACAUGUUUUACACCUUGAUAAGAUUAGGUAGUUUAGAAGAAGCGAAAUAUGCUUUUCAAUCUUACCUUGAUUUGAUGGAUCUACCUAAACUUGAAGCUGAUGCUACACUCUUAUUCUCCUCCUCCUCCUCUGACCCAUCUUUUUUAGCAAACGAAAGAGGAUCUCAUUUAUUUCGAAAAUCAUCUACUUAUGUGGAAGAAAGUCCAGAGAGAGUGAUACAGAUUUUACUGGAUAGUAUCUAUCUCUAUGGUCAUGAGGAAGAAAAUAGUCGACUUGCUGUUUAUCUAUCCGAACUCUGUCUUGGGUUCUUACAGCAACUGAAGGGAUCUCUACCUCUUGAGUCUCAUGUCUAUCGUCUAGUUGGUUCUUCUUAUACACUCUUGGCGAUUCAAUCAGAUGAAGGACUUACUAAACGAACUGGAUAUCAUCAAAGGGCGAAUGACUUCUUUCAAAGGGCUAUUGCAUUGAAUGUAGGUACAGAUUGGAAGAGCUAUUAUGGCUUAGGGUUCUUACAGACCAUGACACAUCACGUUCAUGAUGCUAUUGUCUCUAUUCAACGUUCUAUUGAAAUCAAUCCUCAUUUUAUCGCCUCAUGGCAUCUUUUGGCCCUUUUAUACUCUUGUAAAACAAUAGAUCAUCUUGAAAAGGCGAAGGAAGUGAUAGAGGCUGGUCUAUUACUACUAUCUCAACAACAACAACAAGGUAGUAAUGAUGAUAACAAUACUGGUUUUCAUCUUUCUACUUUAUCAUCCUAUCAAGUCAAUGAUGCAUUUGACAGAGCUGAAAAUUAUCUUUUAAUGAACAUGACACGCUUAGCUUUGAUUGAAAGUGGAGAAGGAGCGGAAGCAGCAAUGAAACAUUAUGAAAAUUUGUUUAGUAUUUAUACUUUAUUAUCAAAACAGUUGGGAAUUGAUUUAAAUGGUGACCUAAAGACUCAAGAGAAUAAUCAGAAAGAUGAUGAUGAUAUUGACAUUGGCGUUGAAAUAAAAAAGACAAGGAAAAAGUCUUCUAGCUUUUCGUUAAUUCGACGCUCUUCUUUUACAUCCAUCGCCAAUAGUAUUACUAGUCAUAAAAGUUAUCGCCUUCUAGGACGUCCACGAUCUUCUUCUGUUGAAGUGAAUCAUUCCUCUCAUAUUGAAUCUGUUGACAUGAUGCUUGUUUCAGAAAAGGAUUCAACCAAAAGAAAAUCCUCUUAUCAUCGAGAUAGUAGAAAACAAUACCAUUCAAUGCGUCAUGAUCUGACUCCUCGUCGAUCUUAUAGUGCCUCUACAUCGGGGAAAAAGAGAGGGGAGAAUAAAGAGGGAGUGACGAUUAUAGGUAGGAUUGGAACAGCGAACUCUUCAUUACCUCCUCUACCGAGUCAUGAUUCAUUAUUCACAUUUCUAAUUUCGCCUUCUUAUUCUAAGGGUAGUAGUAAUAACAUCAGUGGUCGACAGUCCAACUCUUCUUCUCUUUCUUCACUCUUUCUUCGAAGUUAUCAAGAGAGGAAGGCGAUGACAGCAGACAUCAGAAGGGGGACCCCUCUUGUCAGUUCAUGUUUUCAACACAGUCCAGGAACGGAGAUCCGAAGACGAGCACGAUGGCGUCAUCUCUUGGCCACCCUUUGGUUGAUGUCAGCAAGGACGUUCAUUAGAGUAGGUCUAUUAGAGGAAGCCAAUAAAGCAUUAGGAGAGGCAGAGGAAGUGGCUUUAGAUGAUCCAAAUGUAUGGUAUCAAUUAGGUCAACUCAACCUUCAAGUGUAUGAUAUCUUUGCAAAAGAGGAUCUUUCUGCUUCUUCUAAAAGAAUAACAGAUCGUCGUUGUCAUCAUCAUCAUCAUCAUCAGUCAAUGAUGCAAGAGGUAAAACAGAUAGCUUUAGAUGCAUUUGAAAAGGCACUCAUGUUGGAUCCAAAUCAUGUGCCAAGUCAAGUAGUACAAGCUAGACAACAAUGGUCGUUGGCCAUCGCAGACCUCAUGAUGGAACAAUUAACAGCGAGAUUAGGUUGGAAUUCAUCCGAGGCAUGGUAUCAAUAUGCUCAAAUCAAGAAACAGCAAGGUCAAUUUGAGGAAAUGAAAUCUUUCCUUUUAUUUGCAUUAGAGUUAACCGAGAAUGAGCCUAUCAUAAAAGAUUAUAUUCAUUUAUUUCCCAAAUUCUUAAAAAAGUGA